AUGAGUUAAUUUGUAGACUAUGAAUGGAAAAAAGAAUGUGAAGGGAUCAUUUGGGAUUACAUUUACAAUCCACCAAGAAAAAUAAGAACAAAAUACUUAAUAUCUCGGACAAAUGAAAAGGAAAUUAUGUACACUUUAGAUGGAUGUAGUUUGAAAAUGUAACAAUUCAUUUUUCUAAUCUUAGAGAUCGAAUUAUUGGCCCAUCAAAAGAGCUUGAUUUGAUGAACAAUUUAGAAUAAAUAAAACAUUUGUAAUGGAUCGGAUAAUAUGGAUAAAAUAACGUAAAAAUUGGUAAAUGGAUAAUAAGAUGGAAUGGUGAAACGUUAAAAGAUGUUGGAGGAUAAUACUCUAAUGAUGGAAAAAAAUAAGGAAGGUGGAUAGAGUUAUUUUCAAAUUAUUGGAAGUAAAAUUUUUUGUAUUAUUUAAUUAGUAAAGCUUAAGUUUAUGAAGAGGGAGAUUAUGUUGACGAUUAAAGGUAAGGAACUUGGAAGUAUGUUUAAGAAGAUAGAGAGAUGUAUUUGAUAUAUGAUAAUUAUUUUAGUGGAGGAGGAUAAUAUAAUUAGCUUGGAGAAAAGGAUGGAAAAUGGAUUCAGUCGAGCUCAGGAUAUUGGGAUUUCUCCUAAGUCAUUGAUUGUGGCUUUUAUAAAAAUGGAAAAAAAAUUGGCAAAUGGGAUAUCUUGUAUAGGAAGAAAGGGAAGGAAUAGUUAUAAUAUAGGUAAAAUGUAUAAAUAACAUUAUAUAGAGGUGGGGGAUAAUAUGAUGAACAAGGCUCUAAGAAAAUUGGAAAAUGGAUUGAAUUAAGUGAUGGAUUUUAUGAUUUAUCUUAAAUCAGUUAUAAGGGUGAAUAUUAAAAUGGUAAAAAAGUGGGGAAAUGGCAAAUUUUAUUUGGGGAAAAUCAAAUGUAACAUUAUUUAUUAAUUAUUUUUUUUUCAAGUGGUGGUGGAUCAUAUGCAGAAGUCGAUUAAAUUAAGAUUGGAAAAUGGAUUGAAUAGAGCGAUGGUUUUUAUAUUGAUUCUUAAAUAAUUUAUGAUGGUGAAUACAAAAAUGGUAUGAAAAUUGGUAUGUGGAAUAUCUAUUUAAAGGAUAAGAAAUCAGGAUAAACUUAAUAAAUGUAAAUAUUUUUUUUAAUUCUUUCUAUGUAGUGGAGGUGGAUAGUAUGAUUAAAAUGGAUCAAUAAAAAUUGGAAAAUGGAUUGAGUAAAGUGAUGGAUUUUAUAAUCUGUCUCAAGUCAUUUAAAAAGGUGAAUAUAAAAACGGUAAAAAAGUUGGCAGAUGGGAUAUUUUAUUCAGAGAGGACUUUUCGGAAGAAUUCCUAUUGAUGUAUCAAAUUUAAACAAACCUUAUAGUGGAGGCGGAUGGUAUGAUGAAGNAAUAUUAUAAAUUGCUUCUGCAUCAGAAUUAAUUUGA